UUGAUUUUUUUGUUACCGGUGGAUUGGUGUGACUGUGACUGUCAGGAUGUGAUCUCAGUGAUAGUUACUCACUGCCCUAAUUCAAAAUAUUGAAGGAUAUCAUUAUAGAUAACACAAAUAACUUGUUUUUAAUAUUCACAAUUCUAUAUCAAUUUGUGAAUUGUGAUAACGAUUGAUUAUUUUAUAGUAAUGUUGUCCUAGCCUCUACUCAUAUGUUCAUAACAUAUCACAAGUUUUCCUCUGAAAUAGAUGUAGGUGUCAGUUCUAACAAAUUGGUGAUUUGAUCUACCCUAGUUUAUAAUUGUUUACGGGAGUGAUAAAUCCAGUGAUUAUGGUGUAUGUUUGGGGACUCAUUGAAUACUUAAAGGAUCCAAGUUUGGUCUUGCGUUUCCAGAGGUAUUUUGGUGUGUAUAGUGUUUCAGAGGCAAGAGAAAGAAAGAACAAAUUUCAGUCUAAAGUUGUUCCUGGAGUUCAGAAUAACAUAGUUGAUGGAUUAGAUACUAAUGUCAUUCACCUCAAACAAAGGACUUCAAGUAACAGCAAGACCUUUAAAAAUAAUAAGCCUUGUGUGUCUGUAAAGUCUAAAGAGAAUACAUCAGAGGUAAAUGGUGGUAUUAAUUCAUCAAACUUGGCUGAUGAUACAUUUUCAUCUGAAUCAGAUGUAGAAGCAUUGCCUUAUGUGAUCACCAUAAAAUUCUGGUAUUAUUUGUUUUUGUUUGGAACAUAUCUCGGUGAUGAAGUUUUCUAUGCAUCUUUCAUCCCUUUUUGGUUUUGGAAUAUUGAUGGUGCUGUGGGAAGAAGAAUCGUAAUGGUGUGGACUAUUAUCAUGUAUAUAGGCCAAGGUAUAAAGGACGUGGUGUGUUGGCCUCGGCCCACAAGUCCCCCUGUGUUUCGCCUCCAGAAAAAGUGGUCUCUGGAACACGGAAUGCCCUCGACACAUGCAAUGGUCGGAAUCGCCAUUCCCUUCUCUGUCAUCAUCUACACCAUGACUAGGUAUCAGUAUCCAGUAGCAUUGGGCCUAGCAGUUGCCGUCACAUGGUGUGCGAUCAUUUCACUCAGUCGAAUCUAUCUCGGCAUGCAUUCCGUACUGGAUGUGGUGGUAGGCCUUAUUCUGGCCAUGUUGCUGAUGGUACCAGUAGUGCCAAUAGUUGACUCUCUCGACGUCUUCCUACUCACCAACCGAUGGUCUCCUCUCAUUCUCAUCACUGUUACAAUUCCAAUGAUUGCUUACUACCCCACAACAACUCACUGGACCCCAACAAGAGGUGACACUACAACAAUUGUAGCCUUCUGUGUGGGCAUCUACAUCGGAGCGUGGACAAACUACCACCAGGGGGCCAUGGCUGAGCCGUCACUACCCCCACCUUAUGUCAUCAUCUGGCCUUCUUGGGCCAUGUGUGGCACAGGAGCACUGCGCACUGUGAUCGGGCUGUGCAGUAUCGUAGCAACUGUGGCCGUGUGCAAGUCAGCUCAGCAUGCAGUGACACGUGUGUUUUUGGGCGGUGACAAUACACAACAUAGCCGUGCAAAAAAUGUUGUCGAGCUCACAUGCAAGUACAUCACCUACAACCUGCUUGGCUUCAACGUCCUCUACCUCAUGCCCAACACUUUCAACAUGUUGAGCAUCCAACGGCCUACAUUCUACACAGAAUUUUAAUCAGAUUAAGGUGGCUAGGCUGUCGUUUGCUUUUAAAUUGUUUUGGUACACUUUAUUUAUUUUUCCACUCCAUUGGUGUCAAAUUUUAAAAAUAUUCAUGAACAAAGUUGUUGCAAUUUAUAAAUAUAAGUAUUAAUAGUCUUUUCGUUUUGAUGAAACCAUCAUCUAAUAAGUUACCUUUACAGUGUUUUAAUUUAUUUGCAAAGGACAUAUCUUGAACAAAUACCAUUUAACAUAUAUUAAUUAUGUUUAAGUUUUUGUAGUACAAUUUUUUGAAUCCUUUUUUAUAUACUAAAAGUUUAUAAGUGUUGGUCUUAUAAUUGCUGUAAGUUGUGAACAACUAUAUUGGUUGUAUUUACUUGAGAUACUUUUGUAUUAAUUGAAGAAUCUUUGAUGGAUCUAAUUAUUGAAUUAAUUGUUUAAUGUUUACAGUAAGACAAUUCUAUGCUACCAAUAAUUACUUGUUCUUGAUUUUAGUGUGUUUAUUUGUAAAAAUUUGUACAUUUUGGUGUAUAGUAUUUACUGUAGUUUAAUUAUGUUAUGUUAAUUAUGAUACAAUAGCUUUCUCAAUAUUAGUGAAUCUCUUGUGAAAUUGGGCCAUUGUCCAGAAAAGACACAAUUUCAGUAUAAUUCAGAAUCCACUACAAGCUUCCAUAUAGAUCUUUUAAAUUAAUUGUACUUAAUAAAACAGUGUCCAGAGCAACAAGUUAAAUCCUGGCCAUUGAGGAAGGAGUAACAAAAACGGAUCAAGUUUUUGGACCAUGAAUUGUAAUUGACCAAAUUGUUAUCGAUAAUCUUUUAUAGACAAUGUAUAAAAUUGCAGCUUUUUAAAUUUUAUUUUUUAUGUAUAUUUUUAAUAAAAAAGUUGCAAAAUAAAAUUUAAAAGUAAAAGCUAGUACUGAAAAAAUGACAUUAUGGCUAAAGCACAUUUUAUUUUACAUAUGCAAUUCCCCACACAAAAAUACUUUUCAAAAUCACGAUUUUUAGUUUUACAAGUGAAUCGCUUGAUCACUUUGCAAAUUAUUUUCUAAUAAGAUGUGAAUCAUACGUAUUUAUACAAAUCAUAAUAAUUUACAUUUUCUGUUACCUGACUGUUAUCAAUUUGAUCAACUGACAUUUCAUAUUCUAAAUCAGCAUCUUGGGACAUGCUUGUCACCUAUAACGAGUCUGAAUUUAUCUUCACUUUCAUAACACUCAUCUUCACGUACAUCCAACUGUAAUAAGCCUAUUCCUUCUCAUCGCAACUACAAACACGGAACAUUACAAUACAUUAACACAAACACAGUUUACAAAAAUAACAGUAGUCCGGCUUGCGUGUAGCGUAUUCACAAUCACGAACUGCAAACAGCCGAUGUCACAGCCAUCAAGGUGUCAGCUGAGAAAACAGCUGAUAAAAGCAACAUGUCAGUUACUAAUUUUAUUUGUAUGCAUUGAUACGUAAUAAACAUAUUGUAUCACUACGUUUAAUACUUUUUAUUUGUUUAAAAAAAAAUACUUAUUUAACCCAUUGCCAUACCUCCCAUAUCUGUCGGUACUGGGUCCUGUUAGGCCAGCAAAUAUUACACAAAUUGUAGUGUUUUAGAUAAAUAACCGUACAAAUAGUAAAUAUUAACAUAUUUACAUAAAACUUUUACUAAAUUGUUCAGAUUUACACUGACUUUUAUAUUACAGACACAUUUACAAAUUAUUUAAGAAAAAUAUUUGUUUUAUUUUUAAUAAACAAUUUUACAAUUAUAUAUUUUGAAACAUAAAUUUUUAAAGCAAAUAUUUUUUUUCUACAUUGGAAAUUAUUUAUGCCCUUUAAAAACUAAUUUAUUUUAUAAAUUAAACAUACUUUUAUGCAAAAAUAGGGCACAGAUGUUAAUUUUGCUAUAUAAAAUAUUUUUUAAACAUGAAAUAAAAAUGUUCGCGAUUUACAAAAAAUUUAGCCUACACAUUAUUUAGUAUACUAAAAUUUACCACUCUUAUUUACAUGCCCUAUAUACAAAACAUUAUUAAUCUCAAAACCACUUCUUAUACGUUUUUGACUCACUUUGAAACUCAAAAUAAAAUGAACGUAAACAAUAAAGUAACCUUGUUAGCACGAACCGGCAACUAGAGCUACUGAAUUGCGACGUAGACGGCAACACAGCUGUCCGCUGCUCUCAGCUGACCUCGGCUGUUGCAUUGUUUAUUGUUCUCAUCAAUGACGUAAUUUAUUUCAUUUACAAAACCUUUUUUUCAAUAGAUAAAGUAAUGUAGAUUAACAGACAAACAUUAAUUUUUAUGUUUUUGUUUGUGUUCAUAAUAUAUAUUGGAUUUUAUUAACGUAUUACACGACUACGAGAUAACUCGUAGUUGUACAUAUGGGUCCUUUUUCCAUACUACGAGAUAACUCGUAGUUGUAGGCCAAUGGGUUAAAUAAAUAACACACUAUUUAAAACCUUAUAAAAUACGAGUUAUUUCGGGCUUCAUAUUAGGACUAGAAGUAUAGUCAAAUUUCAGUGUGAACGGGUUUAAUAGCAGUUUGUUACGGUAUGAACUUCGGUAAAAUUCAGACAAAACGUUAACAAUUCAAAGCCAUUAUGCAACUUGACACUCUAAUAAUAAUAAUAAUAAUUGUCGUACAAACAAAGACACAAUUUGGCUGUGUGACAAUCACGCUGGAAAAUGGAGCCUUGUCAGGAAUAAAGUGAAUGAGACAUACGUCUGUACUCAGAAAUAUUAAAGAUAUGUAACAUCACAGCCAUGUAAUCGUUUUGUAAUAAUUUCUAGAUUAUAUUGCUGCUGUUCAAAAACUGAAUGCUCCUAGUUCUCACUUGAGAUAUAAUCUGGUAAGACUGAAAUCAUACACAAGUACUAUAUACAGAGAACAUUAUUCUAAACUUAGAUGCAUUAAUUAAAACCAAUGUCCAUAGUUCUGGUACUCUUGCUGGUAUUUAACCCUCUUGGUGACGGUUCCCAAAUCCUACAUUUUUAGGCUUAGUGGCCCAAGACAUUUUACAGAGAUAGGUGUAAUUUCCAAUGACAUAACUGACUCCAGAAACACUUGAGACAUUUCUUCAUGUAAGUGAGGCAGCUGUAUUAUAUUCUUCUUGAAUAUGAAAAUAAUCAUUGUUCCUCCCAAAUUUGUUUUUGACCACUUGAAUGCCUAAAGAUUCAAACUAGGCAGAAAGAUCUUCAGAUUAACAUUUGUUAUGAUGACCAUUACCUACCAUCGUGGGUUCUUGGAAUCUUUAAUGUGAAAGUAACGAAUACAUGAUAACAAUCACUUUAAAAGUUUACAUGAAAUACAAAAGUGCCAUGUCCAUAUAUCAUUACUUUGAUUUAAUCUGUGUAAAUAAAGUAUAAAAACGGAAUAUAAUAUAAUGUACAUGAAAAGAAAGUGUUAUAAGCAUACAUAAUAUUUUCAGUAAAUGAUUCAAAAUGCCUUUAUUAGUCAUUAAGCAACAUAAGAACUUACAAUGGACUUUUUCAAAGUAUUAGGUGUAAUUUGUGAAAAAUAUUUCACCACUACAGAUUUGUUUUUAAAUUACCAGAAAUGUUGUAAAAGCCAUGAAAACAUAAAAUUACGAACUUAGAUAAACAGAGAGUAGUCAUAAAAAAAUUAUUCUUCUCUAGUAAACAAAUAUUGAUUUUACAUUACAUUGUUUUAAAACAACUUUAUCUGAAUUUGAAAACAACUCCAUGAAACGAGGGAAACAUUUUCUUGGACAGCUAGCAAUGGAAAGAAGGCUAUGUCAUCCUAUCCAAAAUUCCUUAAAAACUACUGAAUCACAUAACUAUUACUUUAAAAAAAUCAUCAUUUCACUAGAAAUAAUUUAUUCAUUCUGUUCGUUUUGGUUUUCAUUUAAAUUAUAGUGAUAAAAUUUUUACAUAAAAAAUGUUUUACAUCAUUGUUAAAUAUAAAAUACAAUGUAAAUUUGGUACAUUGGAAAGACAUAUUUGUUGAAAGUUCACUUAAAGAACAGUAACUAAGGAACAUUAUAUUUUAAAUAGACUACAAUUAAAGAAGUUGUAAAGAAAAAUAAGUGACUUCAUGUUUAAAAAUGUUAUAUUUAUUAAAGAUAGAGUAACCAUAGUAAAUAAAAAUACACAAUCAGAUUAUAGUUAAUAAUAAGUACUUCAGUUGUAUUUGCAGGAGGAUCAUGCAAUACAGAAUGUAUAAAAGUCACCACACAGCUAUUUAAAGAAAAUAAAAACAUUAUUUACAAAAGAUGAAAACUCUGUUCGGAUUAUAGUCACUACUUAGCGAAACACACUGCAUGGCAUUGUUCUUGGCAUUUAGGGCAUAUCAAAUGUAGCAUGCUGAAUUCAAGAGCAAUAAGUAACAAGGAAUGUUACUAAUACCACUCUAUCAGCUUACUAACUCGUAAUAAGUACGCUUGUUUGUAUAAAUCUGCUCAUUUGUAACAAUGUCGAUAGCACUCUAUAAUACCAUGGACUAUUUGGUCCAUUGUUCCUCAAAGGAUUAAACCAAUAGCUUUGCUAUUGAUUUUACUGUGAUUUCAGUUACAGGUACUACUUGCCUGUAACUAUGGCGUAAGAAUGAUCUUUUCUUUUGGUCCAUCAGUAUUAUUAUGCAACAUUUCAGAAUCUCGCAAUGUAAAAAAUUUUGUAUUGUUGGCAAUAAUGAUUAAUAGAUGUCUCAUUUGUGUUUUUAUAUAUGUAAACACAAAUAUCUGUGUAAAAUGUCUACGUAAUGUAUAAUUCAUUGGUAUUCUCUAAGAUUUUCUAAGGUUUUUUAUAAACAAAAGCUAUUUGUAUAAAUGUGAAUCUCCGACAAGACGGUUUGUUAUUGCUAAGUAUAAUUAAUAUAAUAAAUCUGUUUUUAGUUUUUUUUUUUACUAUAAGCUUAAAAAUAGUUAUGAAAGCACAAGUAUUAAUUUUAGCCUGUCUACUUCUUCUGGAAAACUUUAAUAUUACAAAUAUGUAUUGCUCUCAAAUACAUUUUAUUAAUGUAUUAUCUUCAUUCGUUGUACAUGCUGUUAAAAUUUCCAACACUUGGCAAUUUAAUAUUGUAGUUAAUUUGUAUAUUAGCUUAUAAUUAGACUAAAAUAAAAUUUUUCAGAGAAACAUACAUUCCAAAGAUAAAAAAUAAACUUUUUAAACAUUG